UACCGCACCCUCCAGCGCCUGCCUCUCCAGCUCCUCCUCUCCGCUCCCGCCCUCCAUUCCUCCUCCCCUCCCCUCCACCCCAUUUCCCCCGGGUCCACGCUCGGCUGCGAUCGGUUCUGCCGAGUCUGGGCUCACGUCUCCUCUGCGCGCCUUUGCUCCCCACUCCGCAGAUCCGGAGGCUUCUGGAGACCGUGGAUUGACGCACGAGGAAAGCAGGAGGAGGAGGCCCCGCACGACGCCGAGGAGGUGAUGCCCGGGAUGACCGCAGCCUCUGGAAAGAUUUCGCGAUACAGGCACCCAGUCAGACUAUUUUGGCCAAAAUCAAAGUGUUAUGAUUACUUAUAUCAAGAAGCAGAAGCUCUUCUGAAAACUUUUCCAAUUCAAGCCACAAUUUCAUUUUAUGAAGAUUCUGAUAGUGAAGAUGAAAUUGAGGAACUGGUCUGUGAAAAUUAAUCUGAUUAGUUACUUUUGAUGAUAUUAAACAUUUGUAGGAUUUCAAUUUAGUGUGCAAAUAUAUCAUAAUUCUUUAAAUUUAUUUAUUUGUAUGUAAAUUAUUAAUAAAAUGAAUAUUUUGUAA